AUGGAGUCUCUCACAGAGAGUGAAAUAUCGCAGAUAGCGAGACACCAGAGAGAUGCUGGUGUGCAGAGGCUGAGUCGUCACUUCUCAUGGCUCGAGUUCUCUGAUGAGCGGCGCCUCUUCCAUCAGGAGUUUGUGUUUGACGUCGCCAUGUUUGCUGCGAGCCGUGGUUUCUCCUGGACUGACGUGAUCCGGGCAGCUGUGAUCGCAAAAGGCAUCUUUCCUCGUCUGGAGGGUCUCGACGUUCCCAACCUCUUAUCCCUGCUGAGAGAUGAGUUGUCCGAGUAUUUGCCGAACCUCACCCCUCUCCACCAACACGACUUCACCCAGUUCCUCACACACACCCUCACCGCCCGGCGGAGGCUCUUCCAGGCGGCUGUGAGUGGAGCCUCCAACAUGUCCAUCGCUCAGCUACACCUGGAGGUGCAGGUGCCGCCCACACCCUGUCCUCUGGCUCAGGGUACAGAUCUUCAUGAUUGGGAGCAUCAGCGGCAUCGAGAGGCGCUGACUUCAAUGUUACGUCAGAAAGAGGAGAAGCUGAGGAGUCUCCGAAAGGGGUCAAGGGUCACUCUGGGGGAGGUGGAUAUUCCUCAGGAUGUGCAACUGGACAAAGAGGGUGUUCAGGCGUUGGUUCGUGCAGCAGUGAGGGCCACAGAGGGCCAGAUGCUGGAGAGUCUGAACCGAGAGGCCUCUCUGCUCGUUGAUAUCCUGAAGUUCAAACUGCAGCAGGCGGCAGCAGACAAACAAAGACUACAUCCAGACUCAGCUGCAAAGGCAAAAGCAGGACUGAAGGAUUCUGGGAAUGCACUGUGA